AUGUCUAUCCUAGACUCCGAAUCCUUCGAAAGCUACUUUACCACCGAUGCGGACUCCUCUCCCUCUGCCUCCCCCUGCAACAUCGCAAAAGGCCGCUACGACACCUGUUUCUUCAAGUCCUAUUCUGAGAAGUACCAAAGAGGCGAAUCACACAGCACUGAGAAAUGCGAAAGUCUAUUCAACGAAUAUAAAUCAUGUCUAAGCAAAACACUAAAAUCACCGCCGUCGCCACCACCGCCGCAGAUAACGAGGGUUCGAGAGACAGACCCUUGGAAACGGAUGACGUCGAGUAAAUAG